AUGUCGAUAGCGGUUGAUUUUGCAACUGUACAUAAACUUUUCUUGGCCAUUACAGGGGAUGAUGUUCUUUUGAAAUUUGAGAAAGCCAAAACAGCUCUCAUCGACAGUCUUAAACGCGUAGAAGACAUUGUUCCUAGCUCAAUUGGAUCACAGAUUGUGGAGGUUGUUGGUGAGCUAGAUAACACUAGGUUCUUGCUUGAUCCAUCAGAGAAAGAAGUCGGCAACCAGAUCAUUGCACUGCUUCAACAAGGGAAGAAAUUCCACAGCUACAACGACAACACCGAGCUCAAAACAUUCCACCGCGCAGCUACAAGACUCAGCAUCUCUUCCUCUAGAGUAGCUCUAGCGGAACAAAGAGCGCUAAAGAAACUCAUCGACAGAGCACGAGCAGAGGAAGACAAGGGUAAAUAA